AUGCCUUCGUAUGCCAAGUUCCUAAAGGAGACAUUAUCUAAGAAGCGGAAGCUCAAAGAGGAUGAACCUGUUACACUAAUAGAGGAGUGCAGUGCAAUCAUACAGAAAAACUUGCCUCCAAAGUUGAAAGAUCCAGGGAGCUUCAGCCCUGUUCCUUUUGACCUUUCACAAACUCUUAGAAUUGAAUCUACAUUUUUCUAUCGAAACCUUCGAAUUUUCGAGGCAAUGCCUUCGGGGGCGGAUGAGGAUGCUAAGGACAUUAAGAAACCACUCGUAAAAAAAAACGCUGGAAGUGGCUCUUUCUUUGUUGUGCUAUGCGUUCUCAUCGUUGCUUUGGGUCCUAUUCAAUUCGGUUUCACGUGUGGCUUUUCUUCACCAACGCAAGCAGCUAUGAUUAAAGAUCUUAAUCUCUCAAUUGAAAAGUUUUCUCUCUUUGGAUCUUUAUCCAACAUUGGUGCAAUGGUCGGAGCAACCGUCAGUGGUCAACUAGCAGAAACCUUUGGGCGUAAGGGGUCACUAAUAUUCGCAGCAGUCCCAAAUAUAUUUGGAUGGCUCGUCAUUUCUAUAGCCAAAGAGUCAUCGCUUCUAUAUAUGGGAAGAUUAUUGGAAGGUUUUGGCGUGGGAAUAAUCUCUUAUGUGGUGCCGGUUUAUAUAGCAGAGAUAUCACCUCGAACAAUGAGAGGUAGCCUUGGAUCUGUGAACCAGCUUUCGAUUACGAUCGGGAUAAUGCUGGCUUAUUUGUUGGGCGUAUUUGUCAACUGGAGAACGCUAGCACUAUUAGGAGUUCUUCCCUGUGCAAUAUUGAUACCUGGGUUAUAUUUCAUUCCAGAAUCACCUAGAUGGUUGGCCGAAAUGGGGAUGACAAAAAAGUUUGAAGCUUCUUUACAAACCUUACGAGGAUCCCGUGUUGAUAUUACUAUGGAAGCACAGGAAAUCCAGGGAUCUUUGGCAUCGAACAACACAUCGACACACGGUAUACAGUUAGCAGAUCUCAAGAAGAGAGGAUAUUGGUUUCCUUUGAUGGUAGGUAUUGGAUUACUUAUGCUCCAACAACUUUCUGGUAUCAAUAGUGUUUUUUUCUAUUCUAGUAAGAUAUUUUCAAGAGCAGGAAUUUAUUCCAGCGACGCUGCUACAUUUGGACUCGGAGCUAUUCAGGUCGUAAUGACUGGGAUCUCUACUUGGUUGGUGGACAAAAGUGGUCGAAGGAUCCUUCUAGUAGUAUCCUCCUCUGUAAUGACACUUAGCCUCCUCCUUGUUGCUACAUCAUUCUAUCUGGAGGCAGUCGUAUCAGAUGAUGCUCACAUUCGUCAAAUGUUAGCAAUGCUCUCUGUUGUGGGGCUUGUGGCUUUGGUCAUUGGUUUUUCUCUCGGCAUUGGACCAAUCCCUUGGAUUAUAAUGGCUGAGAUACUUCCACUAAAUAUUAAGAGCUUUGGUGGCAGUGUAGCCACCUUUAUGAAUUGGUUCACUGCCUCAGUAAUCACCAUGACUGCAAACUUGCUUUUAAAUUGGAGCAAUGCAGGAACAUUCACAAUUUAUGCAAUUUUUUCCGCCUUCACGGUUGCUUUUUCAAUGAUUUGGGUUCCCGAGACCAAGGAUAGAGCAUUGGAAGAAAUUCAAGCAUCGUUUGGAGGAUAA